UUAUAGUCAAGUACAUAGUUAAUUUAGUAUUAUUUGAGACUCCAUUUGAAGCCAAGAAGAGCAAGCUUCUAUUAUGAACGCACACGCAAGUGAGUACGAGUUACAAAGAUUAAAGAAUAUCAAUGAGAACAAGAAAAUACUUGAAAGUCUGGGGCUUGACAAGUUUGAGUCUUUCACUCCAAGACCAAUAAUAAAGAGGCCAUUACAGACUAAGGGUGUGAAGAGGAAGAGGGAACAGGCAAAAGAUAAAGGUUCAAAAGCUGAUGAGGAAUUCAGUUUUGUGGAUAAAGAUAUCAGAUAUCGACUCAGAUCAUCACGCAGAAUUAGAGGACAGGAACCAAGCAAUCAGGACUUAAAGAAUUACAGUUUUGAUGAUAGUGAUUAUGAUACCCAGGAAUACAGGAAGCCUUUAAGAGUACCAAAAAAUAGAGAAAAUGUCUUUGGAGAGAUUCCAGGUUGUCCUGUGGGAACCUCCUGGGAUUCAAGACUCGCUUGCUGUAUUGAUGGUGUACAUCGGCCAACAGUAGCUGGUAUUCAUGGGAGCGAUGAAGGAUGCUACUCACUUGCUCUGUCUGGGGGAUAUGAAGAUGACCUUGACUAUGGAGUCUGUUUUACAUACACUGGAGAAGGUGGAAGAGAUUUGAAAGGCACAAAAGCUAAUCCAAAGAACACAUCAGAGAAGAUAGAAGCAACCACAGAUUGCUGGCAUAGCUUUUGGCUAUCCUCCCCCCUCCCUCCCCUGUCUUCCAGAUGGGAUGCUAUAAAUGAAAAGGGAAAUUUAGCAUUAAGCAGGAGUGUUGAAAGUGGGAAACCUGUGCGUGUUAUCAGAGGAUACAAGCUAAACAGCCUCUAUGCUCCAGAAGAAGGAUACAGAUAUGAUGGACUUUACCGAGUUGUUAAAUAUUGGCAAGCCUGUGGAUUAAGCGGCUUUAUGGUUUAUAAAUUUGCCCUUAAAAGAUGCGAGGGACAAGCCCCGCCUCCUUGGGAACAAACAAGUGAAGACUCCGGAUCAGACAUCAGUGACUCUAUAAAUGGCUCUAUUAACUGAGCUUUUGGUUAUCUUUAACUUAUAUUUAGGAAGUUUUUUUUAGUCAGUGGAGAUGUUCAAAAUUUACUCUUUUUAUACGCUUUCAAUAUUUCUAAAUAUCCAGGAUUUAUCGAUGACAUGCCAGUUAAUGGACCAGCUUAAUUUAUAUUAUUGCAAUAAAGUUUUGAAUAGAUUCGA